AAAUUGAACAUGACUAUUUAUGGUUAGAUUUAUUUAUUUGUCAUACUAUAUAUAGCGCAUAGUUGCGUAAUUGAUUUGCGGAAUUGAAAAUCCGAUAGAAAACUCUUAAUAAAAAAGAAAGAAAAAAAAAAUAAGAAAAAAAAGAGACUAAAAUUUUUUUUAUUAUGGCUGUCAUUUUUAAAGAAUUAGUUUAUGCUGAAAUUCAUAAAGCGGAGGAAUUAGCAGAACAUAAAAUUCAAGAUGACAAAGAAAAACAAUAUGAAUUUAUUAAACAAACAAUACUUGCCGAUAAAGGUCUCACGAGUGGUGAAAAAUCAUUUGCAAUAAAACUGGUAAAUAAAAAAAUCGAUAAAUAUAAAGUUCGAGAAAAUAAAGGAGAAAGAAGAAUUUGUGAAAUUUGUCAAGCAAAAUGCCUAGCCACAUUAUAUUGUGAAUAUUGCGUUCGAAAUUAUUUAAAAGCACAAUUCUCAAACUGGACAUCUGAAAAUGAUAAUAUCGAUAAUUUAAUACGUGAAUGUCAAAUGGAAACACUUAAACCAGAUAAUAUAGUAGAAUGGAUCCCAUACGAUGAUUUAGAAAGUAUUGAUUAUUUAACCGAAAAUGGUGGUUCUAAAAUUUAUAAAGCACUUUGGGUUGAUGGAUAUUAUGAUGAAUGGGAUUUUAAAGAAAACCAAUUAAAAAGAAUUGGAGGAAAACCGGACGUGGUACUUAAGAAAUUAGAAAAUGUUGAAAAAGCCAAUAAAAAUUGGAUUGAUGAGGCAAAAUCUUACUUAAAUAUAAGUAGUAAUUAUGGAGAGAUAUUAACAUGUUAUGGUUUAACAAAAGAUCCAUCAGAUGGAAAUUAUAUGCUCGUAAUGAAUAAAUCGCACUUGAAUUUAAGAGAAUAUUUAAAACAUAAGCAUAACGAGAUUACGUGGAGAGAAAGGAUUCAAAUUACUGAUAAUAUUAUAUAUGCUCUUUCUAGAAUUCAUAAGGAGGGAUCAAUUCAUAAGAAUUUACAUUCAGGAAAUAUAUUGUUUAAUCUAACUAGCCAACUAUUUUAUAUCAGUGAUUUUGGAUUUCGCGGACCAGCUGAUAGACCAUCAAAUAGUAUAUAUGGAAAUCUUCCUUAUUUAGCACCCGAAAUUAUUGCCGGUAAAGAAGUUACUUUUGCAUCUGAUAUUUAUAGUAUUGGUAUUCUUAUGUGGGAAAUUUCAUCUGGAAAACCACCUUUCAUUUAUCAUGAAGACGAUCAUUUCCUUGCCAUAAAUAUAAUUAAUGGGAUAAGACCAAAAAUUGAAUCGGGAAUCCCUUUAGAAUACAAAAAAUUAAUGAUGCAAUGUUGGGAUGCUGAUCCAAGAAGGCGGCCUAAUCUUGGAGAACUUAUUAAUAAAAUCUUUGAAAUGAGAAAACAUUGUCGAAAUAUAUCAAACGAUUCAAAUAGUAAUAAGAAGAAUAAAAGCAUGAUUAAAAAAUUUAUUAGAAAACUUAAAGUUUUUCAACCAAAAACAAAUAAUAUAUUAGAAAUAAGCGAGACAAGCAAUUUGGAUGAAACUAAUUAUAAAUUAUUUACAAGUAAAGUUUAUGCAUUUGAGAAUUUUUCUGAACCAAGAAAUGGAACGGAAGAGGAACAAGAAGAAUUUCAUAAUCAACCUUAUAAUUUCAGCAUUUCUAAUAACGUCGAUGAUGAUAUUUUAAAUAUGAUGCAAUCAAGUAGUAUCUUUAAAGGUAGUAAAAAAAAAUUAUCUAAGGUACCACAAAUAAAUUCAAAUAAAGAUUUUCAAGUGGACUACUAUAGAAGAAAAACAAUACAACAAACAAAGAACGUAGAUAUUGAAGACGAACAUGAGAUAUAUAAUGAUCCAAACCUUCAUUCUGAGGAUCAAGAUGAAUUAGAAAUUCCUUGGAUUGUAUGAUGUUAAUGAUUAUUGAUUUUUGUAUUAGUGAUCUUAUCGUAUUUUGGAAUUAUUUAGAGUAGCGAUAAAUUUUGCAAGUUACUUAGUAAAUAGUAAAUAAAGGUAAUUUGCCGAUAUUCAAUAUAAUAAAAUCUCGAUAUAAAAAGUAAAAUUUUACUUCCCCACGCACUAUAUGAAAAAAUACAUAAAUAUCGAUAUAAUUUUAUUAUCGUAUGGAUCACGAAAUAUUGUUAUAUUAAAGUUUGACUUAAUAAAUUUAUAUCCAUUUAUUAUUUAUCUAAUUUCUUUUUGGAUAAAACAAUAAAUAUUGGAGUGGUUUAAUUUUGGGAUUUGGGAACAUUUAUUUAUUUUAACAAAAAAAACCAAUCAGCUCUAAAACUCAUCCGUGAUAGUUAAUAUUGUGAUUUGACACAUUAAUUUUAAUUAUUUUAAUAUCAAACUGACCUAUGUUAUUACAAUAUAUAAUAAUAAAU